UGGUAGGCGCUGCCGAGUGCCGUCGCCCGUCAGUCGCAACUCGCAGUCGGUGCGUGAGUGUGCAUCGGGGAGCGCGCUAGGCCCUCGAAAUACAUCCAGCAGCAAAGCUGUUACAUACACCCAGUGCUCCGCGCUAAUCCUCGGAAGUGUGUGAAUCGUGCUUCGGCAGCGGUCUCUUCUUCUCCGUUCUGUGCAUCUCUCGAAGCAUCAGUAGCAGCAGCUACAGCUCUGUGUCCGUGUGUAUAUGCGAGUGCCGUUGUAUAUAGUAUACAUCUGCUGGCUGCGCCUGUAAAGCUCGACUGUUCGGGCCAUCAGGUGCGUAGCCUGCUGUGCGCGACGACGAGGAGGAUCGUCGAGAAAGUAAGGUGCGAGGAGACGACAGGUUCGCACGUCUGCUGCACGCGAGAGCAGUAUAGUCCCGUCUCGUACGUGUGCAAGAGCGAGAAGGAGGGAGCGAGCAGCAGAGCAGCAGCCAUUUGCGCCGCGGCGGACUGUCCGAUCCGCGCGAUCUCCAUCAGGCGGAGGAAGAACAUGGCUAUUUGAUAGGGACUCCGGAGGCCGUCGUACCCCGCGUCCUCGCUAUUCCUCCUCGGCGAGACGAAGCCGAGCUGAACAGCAGGGCGGCGCGAGAGUCCGACGUACCGAGCUACCAAGAUAAUUCAAUAUGUUUCUCAGAUGACUGUAAGAGAAGUAAGCGCUCAUUUGGCUUUACCAUGAGCGACAUAAUUGGUAUGUCACUGUCCAGUAAUGGACCUACUUGUCAGGAGAAUAUCAAACUCUUGAAGAAGCAAAUAUUAAGUGGGUGCAAUGUUCCACUUGUUCAUGGCAGACCAAAUUCAACGGUCAAUGUACGCAAUAGAUUGACAACGCAUCAACGAAAUCACAGUCUUGACUUCAGGUCGAUGGGAAUUUUGUUACCACCAGUCCCUCAGGCAACUGUGACUACACUUACGUUACACCAUAGAAAUCGAAGCUUGGAUUCUGCUUUGCAACGAAUUCCCGAAGUUGACGUUACUCCAAGUCCAGAAUGCGAGACAAAUCCAACAACAACAACCAAGUCUGUACCAACUAACAAAAGCCGAAGCAGAGAACGAGAUGAUCUUGCUAGUCUAGGUUCUGAUGAUUCUGGAAUAUUGUGUGGGUCUGACAGUGGCUCCAGUGACAAUGCGAAUAUCACAACAAGGGAGUCGAGCGUAGAUCACCUACACAGCAGAGAGAGCCUGGACUCCUCGCUAUCGCAAGAGCGAGACAUGGACGUCGAUGUCGUCGACGGAGACAUGUGCAACCUGUCGAUAUCACCUGUCCAGUUAGGACUCGGCGACUCUGCCAUCGACGAUGAUCAGCGCAGCAGUGUAGUAUCGAACGAUCCCGAGCAGGGCAAACACAGUGAGCAGUGCGUCUCCAAAGAACUGCGAAACGUCUGUGACUAUUCGACCAAAGAACUAUGCGACACGCAGUCCGAUGCGGUGGAUUUCCAGGGCACACUAGAGAUCGCGGUACCGCCACGGGAUUUGGCGGGUGCUGCGAUGACGCUUUGUUGCGGCACCGGCCAGCCGGAGACGGAAACCGUCAAGAGGCAGCCAACCGUUCAGAGGCAAGAGACUGCACAGCCAAAACCCACCGAGGGAUGUUUACUUAGGUUAUUCGAAAGUCAAGUCUUCGAUAUGUCCAUGGCUAUAUCUUAUUUAUUUAAUUCCAAGGAGCCUGGAGUACAAAGCUAUCUUGGAAACAAAUUGUUUAGUUUUCUCGAUAAUGAUGUGGAUUUCUAUUUACCACAGCUGGUUUUAAUGUAUAUACAAUUGCACGACGUUACGGAAGUUCUAUAUCCAUAUCUUGUUCAUAGGUGUAGGCAUUCGGUAGAUUUUUCGUUGAAAUGUGCUUGGUUGCUAGACGCGUACAGUUCAGAUACUCACUUGCCAUCAAAAAAGAAAUCCCACGGGACCAAGCUGAAAAAUUUGAUACUUUCAGAUGAACUCAGACCAAAGGGAAAGCUGCGCACAUCUGGAUUACAAGUCCAGAUCGCACCUCCUUUACCGAUUGCUCAAUCUGUAGCAUCUCCUAACAAAAAAACCCACCAAAGAUCUCAAUCUGAUGCCACUGGACUCUUUCAAAGUCUGCGUCGUAGCCAUUCCGGUUUAAUAAAUAAAGCUAGCCUCGGAGACCUCAGUUCUGGUCGAGCGUUUGACAAUGGAUGUACCUGCUUUGAUUCCUGCCAAGGAGUGGUGAACGAUUUACGGGGCCAAAAGACUGACUGUGUCUGUAAUGCACCUCGGCUCGCACCUGAGCUGGAGUUCAUUCGGGCACUCAUAACAAUUGGAAAGUUACUCGGAACAAUUCCUACGAAAGAAGGCAAAACGGUUCAAUUGGUUGCUGAGCUGAAUACUCUCAACUUGAAUCUCCCGGCCAGAGUGUGGCUUCCUUUACACUCGACUGUGCCGCACCACAUCGUUAGAGUUCCACCACAAUAUGCAGCAGUCCUCAACAGUAAAGAUAAAGCUCCAUACAUUAUAUACGUAGAAGUUCUCGAAGUCGAUGAUUUGUACACAUCACCAGUGCCAACUAAAAUAAUGGGAAGUUCAUUAAGACAUACGAAAUCCGAAGAAAAUCUGACGGGCGUUGAACAAUCCGGACAAACUAAUGUGCCAAGUGAAAAUACUCAACAAUCGUUGCCUGCGAAACAAACCCCGGUCAGAGCAGGCUAUCCGAGGAAUCCAGAAGUAUCGUUCAAUUUCAUCGAUGACGAUCCCAAUGAUUGUUGGAGUCAAGAAGAUGACGAGAUCACGCAACAGUAUCUACAGCUUCGAAAAGCAAAGGACAGAGAUACGAUUUCGCAAGUAAGUCAAGACUCGUCUGAUAGUCGUGAGCCGGUCUUUGUUCCCGGCGACAUUAAGAGACGUCUAAACGAGAUGGCAUCAGCACCAAAGGCCACCUUUAAUCACGAUCCUGAGGACCCGUCUGCCGCUGUCCUGAAAGAGCCAUGGGAGCAGAAACAAAAGCGCAUCAGGACAUCGAGUCCUUACGGUCACUUGGCUUCAUGGAAACUGCUUGCAGUUAUCGUUAAGUGCGGUGAUGAUUUGCGACAAGAACUUCUCGCUUCGCAAUUGUUAAUGAUGCUCCAGAAGGUUUGGCAAGAAGAAAUGUUGCCUCUCUGGUUGCGACCGUACAAAAUUCUAUGUCUUUCGAAUGAUAGUGGACUCAUUGAACCUAUCUUAAAUACAGUAUCUCUACAUCAAGUGAAAAAGCAUUGUCAGCUAACUCUAUUGCAGUACUUUGAACGGGAGUUCGGUCCCACGGAUUCGCAAGCUUUCCUUAUCGCACAAAAGAAUUUCGUCCAAAGCUGUGCUGCUUAUUGUCUUGUUAGUUAUCUGAUUCAAGUCAAAGAUCGCCAUAACGGCAAUAUCUUACUCCACAGCGACGGUCAUCUCAUACAUAUUGAUUUUGGCUUUAUUUUGUCAACUUCGCCGCGAAAUCUCGGCUUCGAGACUAGCCCAUUCAAACUGACGCCGGAAUUCGUCGAGGUGAUGGGUGGUAAACAAUCGAAGAUGUUCGAGGAUUUCAAGUCGCUAAUUCUGCAAGGCUUGAUCGCCGCGAGAAAACACAUGGAAAAAAUAGUAAAUCUUGUGGAGAUCAUGAUAUCAGGUUGUCAGUUGCCUUGUUUCCGCAACGGGGGUGCAUCGACAGUUCAAGGAUUGAAGAAUAGGUUUCAUCUAACCUUGACUGAAGAUCAAUUGCGCAAACAUGUUGAUGACCUAGUAGAAGGAAGUCUCCACUCAUGGUCUACAAAACUUUACGAUCGAUACCAGUACUUUGCGAAUGGCACGCUUUAAGCGCAAAUAUCUAUACAAAAUUCAUCCUUUCGAUUUUGACAUCCGUCGACGUUUCAGUAGGAGCAGAUCUAUAAAAUAUAAAUUUGCGAAAGUACGAGUUCAUCAACGAUUCCAAAGAGUAACGGAAUAUCUCUGGCUCGAAAACGUUUGCGAAAGUCAAGGUGGUUCUUUCGCGUUAGAGUUUAAAUAAACGCCAGCGAUGUUAGACUACCGAUGCUUGUGCUUUUGUUUAUUUGAAUAUAAUCACUUUAAAUAACCCUAAUGCUUGUUAAGAAAUGCUUUGCCAAGCGUUCGGAGAAAAUAUCUAUUCACGUGAAAAAGGGGAUUCGUAAACAAAAGCCGAAGCAUCGGCGUGCUUGGGCGCCUGGAUAUAACAUAGUUAGUCCAAAUUUUAUAGACGCUUCUUCGUAAUCUCAAAAGAUAUACUUCAUAGCAUUCCAGAAGCAAAAAAGCUAUAUCGACGAGUAUUCAACAAUGGGUGAAGACUGAAAAUAUUUCGUAUUUCAUGUGUCGCGACUUAGCUUCAUUAAAAAACAAAAAUAAAUAAAUAAAUAAAUCGUAAAUACGUAUAUAGAAAAUUUAAACUUCUGAUCGAAUAAUAAAACUAGUAAUCGUCAUCGGCAAAUAAAACUCGAAUAUUGCGAAGAUUCCACGAAGAUAAAAAAAGUUCUUGACGGUAAAAAUAUUGAUAGAAAAAAAAGUACCAUUGACGGUAGUUUGUGAAAGUGUCCGUUUUGUUACAUAGACUUCGGUAUGUAUGAAUUUCGACUGACACGUUACACGGUAUGUUACAGAUUCGGUACAAGUAUGUAAAUCUGUAGCAUUGUAGUUACAAGCUGCUGUUGUCAGAGUAAUUCGUUGAAGGUGCCUUAUAAAUAGAUAACAAAAUAAAUAAGACCGAUGAGAGUUAAGGAAACAAAGUAAAAUACAGUGCAGUGUAUUGAAAUGGUCGUCGUUAUAAAGAGGACAAUCUGCAAUUUGUAAAUAUUCGUAAAUUAAAAGAGAUCAGUAUGUAGUUAUAAUUCGGUAAAAAAUGACUCGAUGAGUGUAUGAGGGCGGAUGAUUAACAAUUGCGACCCUGAACUGAGGGUAGUGAAAAAAAACAAUGGGAGGUGAAUACUCAAAAUAUUUCCUACUUUAUAUAUGUAUAAAUACAAAGGCGUUAAUGCUGCUAUUUACGGCAAAAGUGUAAUUCCAGCAGAGGUAACAGCCAUUAACUGCAAUGAACUUUUUAAAUUUGCAAUCGUAAGUUUUUAUAUGUUCUUAAUACAUAAUUUCAUAGUCGUAAAAUCAUAAAAAACGCCAAGAUAUGCAUCAUAGUUCAAGAGAGACAGUUAUUUAAGGAAAUAAGCAAAAAUGUAAGAGUGCAGUCCUGCAUUCUCGUCUAUGUUCGAGCGAUUAAAUUAUGCUAUUACAGAAAAGAACCUAUUGUACAUACAUAAUUGAAACUCAUUGUUUAGCAUGUAAUUGCAGAUGAAUGUGCAUAGCUUAAUUAAAAGCCACGGGAGGACAAGUCCAAGCUUACCUUGUUGAGAGGUUUUGUAAAACCUCCGUGACUUCAAAGUGUCUUAUCUCCUUUUUCUUCUAUCUUUGUUGUCUCAUCGAUCAACGGACAGGCCAGCAGUGUUGAUGUAACGACAAGUGUGUACAGGGCUUUAAAUGAAAAAAAGAGAGAGACAUGUUCCUAUUUUUUGUGGAUUGAGAAGUCUUCUCGUAGCGCGAAUUUUGUCUCUUUGUUAUGUUUCUGGUCUGCCUCGUUCUUUUGCCUCAUUACAAGCUAUUAAUGACAUUAAAUACGAAUAAAUAUAAAUCACAAAUAA